AUGGCAGGGCCGCGGGCAUCGAAUAUCGAGCGGCUGAAUGCGCAAAGAAUCAAAUGGGAAAGGUCCAUUCGUUGCAACGAGGAUGUGGCGGUAUCGGCCGCCUGGACGGGUGAGGUCAAGUGGCUGGUGAUUCCGGGAGGGAAGGGUGCUGACUGGCUUACUCAGGGAUGA